AUGGAUGGAAAAGAAGUUUCUCAUACCGUUGGUGUCAACCAUGGCGAGUCUGUCGAGCGUCGCUCCUCCAUGGCGUCUCCUGACAGCACCAGAACAUGCACCGCGGCACUAGCGGGAGGAGUACCUACUUCGACCGACGUUAUGAUUGGCUUGAAUAUUGUUGAGCAAAGCCCCAAUGAACCACAGCUGAUGGAUACCAUUGUGCUCUCAGAUGUCUAUGGUUCUCCUAUCCCUGCCGCACAGCUGAAUACCGGUGUCCCGGCAGCUGAACAGGGUCACACAAACUUUGGAGUGACACCACAGCUCCAUGCUCACCAUCUUGCUCAACACUCAUUUCACCCUGCGUCCCAAUACAGGCAAGCUUUUUCAGAAGCAAGAUUGCCGAAUGGUGGUGCUUGUCAGUGCAAAGAGUCGAAACUUCUUAAGAUGCUGCGAGACCCAGAACCUGCUUACGAACGUCAUUGCUUUCGAGAGGAGAUAGAAGCGAGACACGGCGGCAUAAGACCUGAUGAUCUUCUGUUGACAUCCCCCCCGCCUAGAGAAUAUAGAUGCAUACUUAUGGGUUGUGACAGGGUGUUUGACGAUGGAGAUGAAGCGGACGAUCAUUUUCAACUCGAUCACAACUAUCCCGACAAUUGUGUUUGUCGGAUCUGUCGCCAUGCUUUUAGCAGCAGUUUCGAAAAAUGUGUGCAUGAUUACCAUCAUCACAAGGGGGAUGUUUGCAUGUUUAGUCCUUGA